AUGGAUUCAUCAGGAUACUUUGAUAGGCCUAGCAUAACACAAGGUAACACUCCCAAUACAAGCAAUGUGCUUGUGAUAAACGAACAAGAGCUACAAGCUCAAGAUCAAAAUGCGCCCCCACCAGUACCAGAAGUUUCAUCAGCCACACCAGUGCACGCCUACCUUGAUAUUACCCAACACCCAGUCCAGCAUGAAGUUCAGCUCCAACCUCAAUUUACUCCUGAAGAGAUUAGACAUUCUCUUAUUUCAAGCUCAUUAGAUGAAGAGCACAUUGGCCGUCAUCAUCAUAGUUUUAUGCAACUGAUUGAAGAGGAUGAUGAGUUUGAUGAAGACCAUAUCGAUGGCAGUUUCAGUAGAAUUGGGCAGCUGCUGAGGCAAACCUCACUGCGACACUUUCAAAGAGGUGAAGAUGAACUAGAGGAAGAGGAGGCGGAGGAGGCGGAGGAGGAGGAGGAGGAGGAGGAGGAGGAAGGAGAAAGAGAUGAAGAGGAGGAGGAGGAAGAAGAAGAGGAAGAAGAGGAAGAAGAUGUGGUGGAAGAGCGCGGCAUUGAAGGAGUAGGAGUACGAGGGGAAGAAGAAUACGAAGGUGAAUUUGAUCAUGAUGUGCUUAGCUAUGGAACUGCUUCAAGUGUAAGUCAUCAACAACAGCAGCAGCAUCGCCAUCACCGCCAUCACCGCCAUCAUCAUCAUCAUCAAUUUGAAGAUGAGGAUGAGGAUGAGGAGGUGGUGGUAGCGGAAGGAGAAGACGAAGAAGAUGAAGAAGACGAAGCAGACGAAGCAGACGACUCUCAAUCGCAGCCUAGUCUAAAACAGGUCCAAAAGGUAUAUUAUACAAAAGGUUUGCAAGAGUUGGAAAGUCUUGAUCUAGUUGACUUAUCUGCAUUAGCCACAUGGAAACUAUCCACUUACAAACCAGGUUUUGGUCUUUCUCAAUUACGCGACGAUAACCCAGAAACAUAUUGGCAAAGUGAUGGCAGUAAUGGAAGCAAUAACAGUAAUCCUAAUAGUUCUGCGGUUAUGAAUAAUAAUCUAAGCAAUCCUCAUUCCGUUACCAUUCAAUUUAUUAAAAAAGUUGCUUUGGAAAGAAUAUCGAUUUUCACAAAUUACUCACUAGACGAAAGUUAUACUCCAAGUAAAAUCAAAAUCAUGGCUGGAAGUAGUGAAGGCUGGGACUUGAUUGAAGUUUGCACGGUAAAUUUCAAUCAGCCAAUUGGCUGGUCACAUAUAAUUUUCAAUGGAAUAAGAAACGACGGAGUAUUAAAGUGUUUUAUGGUUAAACUCUUUAUCUUGGCUAAUCAUCAAGAAGGUAAAGAUAGUCAUAUACGUGCAAUUCGCUGUUUUGGCAGGAAAAACACACUGGCGCGUGGGGAGGAGUCAAUUGUGCAUGGUGAGUCUCAAUCUAUGCAUCAUGGACAUUCUGAUUUGCUCAAGGACUUGAGUUUAGCCAGUGGAUCAACAAGCCUCUCUGGUAUACUGAUUGGCAAUUGGGUUGUUUCAAAUAGUUCAGAAUUUGAUGACGAAAAUGCACAUCAAGGUGAUGAAGAGCUUUCAAAGAAACUGGAUGAAGAAAGAACGCAGAUAUUGCAAAACAUCCAUAACCUUAUACAAAACGAAAGAGAGUUUCAAAGUAUAGAACUUUCGAGUGUUGCCACGAUACGAUGA